AAAAUUGUGGUGGACAGAGCAAAGGAAUUGAUGCAAGAAGCCAUCGAACACGAGCUGGAUUUGAAGUCCUUAUUCCCACUAAGCGGCAAUUCUUCGAUCACUUUCCACGUAGCUGAUUUCGGGUGUUCUAUCGGACCAACCACCUUCAUGUCGGUACAAAACAUCUUGGAAGCGGUCAACCAUAAGAACCAAGCAUCAACGACCAAACUACCACUAGAGUUUCAAGUCUCAUUCAACGACCAGACCAACAAUGACUUCAACACCCUCUUCCGCUCUCUACCCGCCCACCACCAAGGAAGCUACUUCGCCGCCGGCGUCCCAGGAAGCUUCUACGGGCGCCUCUUCCCCAAGAACAGCCUGCAUUUGGGGUCAAUCUCUUCUUCCCUCCACUGGAUCUCCAGGGUUCCUGGAGAACUAACGGCCGCCGGUCGUAGAGAUUCCAUCCAAUGCACGGGAUUCCAUGAAGAUGUCGCGAGGGCCUACUCGGGUCAGUUCACAAGAGACAUGGAGGCUUUCUUUGAUGCCAGAGCGGAAGAGCUGGUGGCCGGCGGCUUGCUGGCGAUUUCGGCGUUAUGUUUGCCCCCUGCAGCGGUUCUGUCUCAGACCCGCCUGGGUGUGGUCUUCGACCUGGUCGGCACUUGCCUCGCGGACUUAGCCGACUUGGGGCUCGUCUCCGAAGAAAAGCUGAAGAGUUUCUACUUACCAAUGUACUACCCCCAAGCUGAAGAGUUGGAAGCUUCAAUAACGAAGAAAGGAUGCUUCAGCAUACAGAAGAUGGUGAAAAUGGCUCCUUUCUCACCGGAGAAGUUCCAAACGUUGAUUCAAACCCCAGCCUCGCAAAUAAGAGUACUGUUGGAGGCGCUCAUCAAACAACACUUCAAAGAUAUUACUCCACAGAGUGUGGAUUUUAUAUUUGAGCGUCUGAAACAGAAGCUGUUGGAGAAUAUGGAUGCCAUUGCUAGCCCGAGUACUUCCCCACAUCUUGAAGUGUUCAUCUUGGCAAAGCGUCUUUGA